CUCCCUAUUCUCUUAAAGGGAACUUCAGAUGAUGAUGUCCCAUGUCCGGGCUACCUGUUUGAAGAGAUUGCUACGCGUCCCAGAAAUCUCCCACGAGUCGUUGGGCAGCAGCCAGUGCCUGCUGGAAUACCUGCUGAACCGCCUGUGCAGCAGCUCUGGCCACGUGAAGCUCAAGGUGCUGAAGAUCCUGCUGUACCUGUGCAGCCACGGCUCCUCAUCCUUCCUGCUGAUCCUCAAGCGCAACUCCUCCUGCAUCCAGGAAGCCGCAGCUUUUGCAGGGCCCCCGGAUCCUCUUCAUGGGAACAGCCUGUACCAAAAGGUGCGGGCAGCUGCCCAGGACUUGGGGAGCACCCUGUUCUCUGACUCUUUGUUGCCACUGCCACCCUCGCAGCUACCCCGCGCCCUGCCUCCAGCAGGCAUGGGCGCGCAGUCCAAGCCCCACAGCACCCUUCAGGGUUUCGGCUACAGCAGGGAGCAGGGCCGCACAGGCUCUGCAGGUGAAGCCUUCCUUUCCACCAUCCAGAAAGCUGCAGAGGUGGUGGCUAAUGCCGUGCGCCCCGGGCCUGAGAGUCCUACCACCCAGAGGCCCCUGCCUCGGGGUGACACCUACCAGCCCGCUGUCACGCCUUCAGGCAGCCACAGUCACCCCACCUCUGGGAACCUACUCCCCAGGGCCAUUCCAGGUGCCCGAGCUGUGAGGCACCAGCCUGGGCAGGCUGGAGGGGGCUGGGAUGAGCUGGACAGCACCCCCAGCUCCCAGAAUUCCUCUCAGAACAGUGACCUGAGCAGGGCCUCCGACUGGGGCAGUCGGUCCGGCAGCGACAGCCACUCGGGGACCAGCCAGGAGCUAGGUGACCUGGCAGAGAGAGCUGAGGCCAUGGCCCCAAGUGACUGCCAGCAGGAGCUGAACCUGGUGAGGACUGUGACACAGGGGACACGCACUUUCCUGAACCGCGAGGAGGCACAGCACUUCAUCAAAGAGUGUGGACUGCUCAACUGUGAGGUUGUGCUGGAGCUGCUGAUCAGCCAGCUGGGUGGAGCCAGUGAGUGCACACAGAUGAGAGCACUGUGUGCCAUAGCUUCCCUCGGCUGCGCGGACCUGCUUCCCCAGGAGCACAUCCUCCUGCUCACCCGGCCACGGCUGCAGGAGCUCAGCACGGGCAGCCCUGGACCUGUGACCAGCAAGGCCACCAAGAUCCUGAGGCACUUUGAAGCCUCCUGUGGUCAGCUGUGCCCUGUCCAGAGAACCCCCGCUGAGCCUGGCCCUGCAGCUGCCCCCACAGGCCCGUCUGACCUGCUGACUGAUGCUGUGCCUCUCACUGGGGGCCAGGUCUUCCUCCAGCCUCUGAGCUCAAGCCCCAUCCUGCCCAGGAGCCCUUCUCCCCAGUUGGGGAUGCAGUCUAGCCCUGCACCCACCCCACCCCCAGAUGCCUGCCCUGACCCAGCCCCUAGAGACACCAGUGAGGCCAAGACCCGGCUAUCAGGUUCCAGAGAGCAGGGGGUGGGGCCUGAGCGUGAAUCCUUGUUUGCCGGCAUGGAGAUAGUGGCCUGCCUUCAUCUGGUGGAGGCUGGGGUUGCUGUGGAGGAGCCCUGCCCAGCCCCCCGGGCCACCCAGACAUCAUCACAGAGGACAGCAGCCAAAGAGCCUCCUGGCUCAGAGCCAUCAGCAUUCGCAUUCUUGAAUGCGUGAUCCUGCAGUCUGGUCCUGGAGGGCUUCAGCUUCAGCUGUGCGUUUGUAGGCCCAGCACUCCCUGAGCAGCCAUCAGGACUGAGCUGCUUCCCCGGCCCUUGACCAGAGCUGCUACCAUCUCUGGGUGAUUUGACCUGAGAGGAGGAUCCCAGGGCUGCCUCAGUUUCCCCCAUCACCUUUGCCAGAGGCUGGCUCUUUGGACUUGAAUUCCUAUAGCAGGGGACAGGCAGGUGGCAAAGCCUCAGGAAGGCUGGCCUCGGGGGUCCCAAGGGGCAACCCCUGCCUGCCUUGCCCUCAGAGGUGAAAGCAACUCCUUGGUUCUUUGCUUUGUUUUUUAUCUUGGCUCUCUCCUUCCUCGGGGAGGUCAUGGGCAGCCACAAACUACUGCCUUUUCGUCUUACCGGGUUAGAGUAGGUGCUGGUGGUGGUUUGGUGCAUGUGGGUCAAAGAAGUCUGAUUCUGGGCUGCCUUGUGCCAUCUGGCUGGUGGCCAUUUCGAAUGUCAGGUCCUGAGUGGGGAAGGCUCUGAGCAGAGUAUCCAGUCCAUCUCAGAAGAGCUGCAGAGAGCUCUGGGGUUGACAUUUUCUGAAUAAACACUACUGUUUAUGCAAAGCUA